AAACGAGCGUCCACCACUUGAUCGUGUGUAGUACCUCAUUACACUGCGCCUUUGUUGAUGCUAUUCGUUUGGAGCUAGCUAGCUCAUUAAAGCUAACUUUAAAUAAGAUCGAAAUGAUCGUAUAUUAAGAACAUUAACGGGCAUCCACAGAAGCUUGAUAACUUUCACGGUAUAGCUGAACAAUUCUUCAACCAGUCGUUUCAAAAGAGCAGUGUGGACUGUAAACAGUAGCUAACCACAGCAAACUCAUCGUGACUACACAGACCUCGGUUACAUCCAUGUCGGCAUCGGAUACAGUGGAGAAUGCCUCCAUCUUAUCGGAGAGCGUGGCUCACGAGGGCAACCGCCUGUGGAUCGGUAACAUCGACCCUAAGAUCACUGAGUACCACCUGGUCAAGCUGCUGGAGAGGUUUGGGAAGGUGAAGCAGUUUGACUUCCUGUUCCACAAGGCAGGUCCUAUGGAGGGCCAACCUCGGGGCUACUGCUUUGUCAACUUUCACACCAAAGAAGAGGCUGAGCGGGCCAUCCAGUGUCUGAAUGGGAAGCUGGCCCUGUCCAAGAAGCUGGUGGUACGCUGGGCACACACACAGGUAAAGGUGGUCAGGGCGCGGCUGGUGUGGUGGAGGUUGGAGGGUGGAGGGUUGAGAAGGGAGGUUUUGAGAGGAAUGAACGCGCAGGCUAUUGCUGUGCCAUUCGGCUUCUCCCAUAAUGCCUCUAGGCGAGGAUUUGACCAAUCAUGGCCCUUCUACCUCCUGACCAUUGAUCUGUCCAUGGUGGGACUGUAAGCUAAGGAUGCUGAUCACUGAUUGGUUCAGAGCUGGUUAAAUGGUUUCUGUGUGGGAGGAGGCUGCAGUUCAUUCUCUGUAAAACAACUCUCUAUCUUAUUCUGUUGACUGGCCUUACGAUGCAUUGACCGGUACCUUUUCUUCAUUUUCUUCACGUUCUUCACUGCCUCUGUCUCCAUCACUACCUCUGUCUCCAUCACUACCUCUGUCUCCAUCACUACCUCUGUCUUCAUCACUGCCUCUGUCUCCAUCACUACCUCUGUCUCCAACACUACCUCUGUCUUCAUCACUACCUCUGUCUUCAUCACUACCUCUGUCUCCAUCACUACCUCUGUCUUCAUCACUACCUCUGUCUCCAUCACUACCUCUGUCUUCAUCACUACCUCUGUCUCCAUCACUACCUCUGUCUUCAUCACUACCUCUGUCUCCAUCACUACCUCUGUCUUCAUCACUACCUCUGUCUCCAUCACUACCUCUGUCUCCAUCACUACCUCUGUCUCCAACACUACCUCUGUCUCCAACACUACCUCUGUCUCCAACACUGCCUCUGUCUCCAACACUGCCUCUAUCUCCAUCACUACCUCUGUCUCCAUCACUACCUCUGUCUCCAUCACUACCUCUGUCUCCAACACUACCUC